AUAGAGAGGGAAUCGGUCUAAAUCUAAUGAUGGAAUAUGAGGAACAUAGAGAGGAUUCGGGCGAGAAAUCAGAUUUGGAGCAUUCAAAAUGUGAUGAUCUAGAUUUGAAUUUCAAAAAUUGGAUUCAAGGCCGUAUAUAAAGGAAAUCGCAAUCUUUGUUGAAUUCUGGGGUUUAGAUUUGUGUUUUCUGAAAUCUCAGCUCUGGUUUCCUCAAACCCCUCAGAUUCUGUGAUUUAUUGUUAAUUAAGAGAAAUAUGAUUUCGAUAUGGCGUGUCGCUUGCCAUUUAUGAUCGAAUUCCCCUUUAAAUCCGCGAAGAAUUGUCCUCGAUUUUGAUGGAUCGGAGGGAGAAAUGGCACAGGAACAGCAGCAGCACGUUGUGAGCAGCAGCGACAGUGAGAGAUCGAGGAAUGUGAAGGUGAAGAAGAAGAUCCCGCAGCGAGGGCUGGGCGUCGCGCAGCUCGAGAAAAUCAGAGUGGAGGAGCUGAUGAAGAAGGAGGUCCUUGCAUCUGUCUCAGCCAGCGCGAUCGGUUCGGUUAGUGAUGCGACUCCUUCGCCGUCGCCGGUCAAUUUCCGAUCGUCGAACGUGCUGUGUAGAUCGUGGAGUGGCGAUCACGAUCAUCGGAAUAGUAAUGCUGCUGGAUUCCAACCGCCGGUGAAUUUGAGUGCUUCUGCUGCUGCUCUGCCGUCGGCGCCUCAGAGAUUUUUCCGAUUUCAGCAACCUGCUUCUCCGGUGGUGAAUCCAUAUUCAUCAUCAGCAGCCUUCCAUAUGGAGCCCCCUUCAAACCAAAACCAUUUGCAUUGCAACAGCUAUGCCUCCUCAUCGUCGCCGUGGCCAGAGAUGGUAGGGGUGAAGCGGCCGUACCCCUUCUUUCUUGAAAGUCCGCCAGAGGCUCAUUCGGAAUCAAGAUACGACGAACUAGCUUCUUGUGGCAGUGGAUAUGCACCUCAAAAGGGACCAAGAAAUGUAUACACGAGCUAUUGUAGAGAUGGUCCAUCAAACUCAAGCACUCCACCCGAGCAGGGUUCAAGAAGAGCCCUGAGGGAUGACGGGAGGCUAGACCUAGACGGAGACUUCCUAACCUUGGCGCUUCCUCCUCCAAACUCAAAGCAUGCCUACGCUAUAGAUGACUUUGGUUGUCAAUAUCCAGAGGAUGACGAGAGAAGGCAAGGUCAUCGUAUGAUAGCUAGUAGAUCAAUGGAAGAGCCCUUCAACUUCUUUCCGGUUAGGGCUGACGAAAGUGGUGGGGAGAAGGGAGAAGCCAUUGAUCUCAAUUUGAAGCUAUAGAAUGUUAGGAGAGAAGUAAAUUACCCUAUUUUGGAAAGUGUUAUGUGAUGUGUGUUAGUUAUAUUAUAUGGUUGUGUGUUUUUUUUGUGGAUUAGAAAUGAUUCAGUCUCGUGAAUGUUGUUCGGUUGAGUAGUCAUGGCCCGAAUGCCACGUAGGGUUAGUGUUGGCUUAAUCAUGGGCAAUUUCCAAACAAUUUAAUUUUAAGCUACUCAACUCCA